UGAUGGGCAUCAAAUCUAGAACAGUUUGACAGUGACGGUGAAAUAACUAAAUAAUAAAAUACAUGAAUACAUCUAGGUUUGUCAGUUUAUUCCCACCUGUGUUAUAUGUUUUACCUGGCUACAAAAUACAUUUAGCUUUUUGAAACAUAGUGAAGCAUAUAGGAGGUGUUCUGUUAGUCCCACUGGUUGUCAACAUCUUUCUGGUGCUCGUAGCUCUGUGGAGACUCGACUUGUAUUGGAAGAAAUGAGGUAGAGUAGACAGCAGCUAGGACCUGAGGCGAGUCCCGCGCGUAUCAGCCACACAGCAAACAAACCAGGAAAAUGACAACAGCCUCCCCUUCAACAAGUCAGCAAAAUCAAUCUGUUUUAGUUUCUAAAGCGGAGGCAGAACUGUGAAUGAGUCCGAUGGGGAGAUAUUUGGAAUGACUGGCUGUGGCUAACAGCAAUAGCGAAUGACUCUGGUGUGGAAUAACUAUUUAUUUCUGAACAACUCUGGAUGACUGCAGCACAAAAUGAGGAUAGAGACAACGUGAAAGAAGAGGAGAGAAAAAGAGAGAAGGAAAUCGAUAUCAGAGAGAAAAAGGCAAGCAGGGGAUAAGAAUGAAAGUGUAAUAGUAGCAAAGAGAGGGAGGAAUAAAGUAAGGGGAAGUUAUGUAAUGGUCUUCCACAGGAAAUGGAGUUUGUAGGGGCGGAUUGAUUCUGCUUUGAAAUACAUAGAUAAAGGUCGCCACAGAAAGAGAGACAGAGAGAGAGAAGGGAGGGUUUCAGUAUGCGAGCGAAGAAGGAAUUCCCCCGCCUCUACUGCCCCGGCCAAUAAGUAGUGUGUGUGAGAGAGUGCGUGUGCAUGCAGAAAGGCUUGUCUGGGCAAAUUGCUCCUCACUAUUUCCAUACUAUGUUGAAAGCCUACAUUGUGUUUACCCUACGACAUGGUCUCCUGUUUUCAAUGUGUACCUGGUAUGGAUGCAGGCCGUGUGUAAUAGUCUCUGGAAUAAGGUGGGCAAGUGCCGAAGUCGCACAACCAAGACAAGACAGGAUGAGAGAGGGAGGCCCCGGCAGAGGAGGAAAAUAGAGAGACUAGAAAGGAGGGGGAAGAAGAAGAAGAUAAAAACUAGGCAGAGCAACACAGGAACGCCAAAGAAAAUCUCUGGGAUAAAUAAAUAAAAUACUUGCUUGGAGGAAAAUGCGAGCUAGAUGAAAAGAUGAAGCCGAUAAAAAAGCAGGGCCGGCGCUCUCCUCCCUCCACCCGGGCCAAAGGGGGAAAGCGUCGCGGAGCGGGGGACGUCCCAGAAGGAGGGGAGAAGAGAGACUCAGACGAGAGCAGAGACAGAAGCAGAUCCCCACAAAACCGAAAACCCUCCUCUGCAUUUUCUUCUAAUUCACAUUCAGAGUCCAUAACGACGGAUCUACUUAGAGCACGGGACACUUCGGAGGGGGAGGGGCUUCACAGAGAAGGACUGUCAGAAACGACAGUGUCGCUUGUGAUGGAUUCUGGGAAGAUUUUGACAUCUUCAGACGACAGAUCAGGGAGGUCAGCUGUGAGCAUUGACAGUGCGGGUAGCAGUUGUAGUAACAGUAGUACGCCCAGCGCCAACAACAGCCCAAACCCCGCCUCCAGCCGAAAAACUGCCACCUUUAAAGCCCGCGUUCCCAAGAAGAAGUACACUUCUGAACACUGCUUGUCUGCUACUGGUAACCAUAGCAACCUUUCCUCCAGCACGCCUCCUCCACUUUCUCUUAGUGGUGGUGUCAUCAACCACGGGUCAACGGGUUCAGGAAGCGACAUCUGUGUCUCCCACUCUGAUAGCAUCAGUCAGAGCCGGAGCCUGAUGGACGACUUCCACAGCAGGACCGCUGGCAGGGAGGGGCCUCAGUGCAGCUCCCCAGGACCCCCUACCCUGACGCUGGGAGGGGACAGGGAUAGACCACCAGGAUGUGAAGGGGUGAGGGAUGUAGAGCGAGUGUUGCCCAGCCCCUUGCCUCGCUGCUCCUCUACAGACACUGCAAGCGAGCACUCAGCUGACCUGGAGGUAGUCGGCGAGUCACACGCCCCCACGCAGAUGUCUUCACAUGCUCCACCCAGUCUCCCUGAUGCUCUGUCUGAUGCCCUGGCCAAAGGGCUGAAGAAUCAGCGUAUCCUUGCCCGCCAGCUCAGGCGAAGAGAGGACGAGGAUGGAGGAGGUGAAAGGAGGGAUGAAGGAUUUUCAGAUCUGAUGUUCCGAGCUGGAGUCGUCCGCAAGGUCAGCGGUGAAUAUGGAAGCCUGGAGGUGCAGCUGAAUGGUGAGAAGACGCUGUGCCGUUAUCCGUAUCGACAUGACAGCCCACCAGGGGUGGUAGACAUUAUACUAGAUGCCCAGCCUCCUGGUGUACAUCCAAUAGCUAUUGGCACUCGUGUAUGCGUGCCAUUUGGCAACGAGGAGGGCAGCGAGGGCCAGUGGCAGUGGUACCGGGAAGGUGUGGUGACCCAGGUGGACACACACCCUGCUGUUGCCAACCGCUACCGUGUCCUGCUGUCCGAGGAAAGAGCUGACUCUGUGGACGAGGAAGAAGAAGGCAGAGGGACAGCUGUGGGCCCCCAGGCAGUGUGGGUGUCCCGACAGACACUCAGGCUCCUGGUGCCACCGUGGGACCUGGAUCUGCCUCCUGGAGGAGGACAAGAUGGAGACGAGGAGGUCAGAGACAAGGAAAGGGAGCGGGAGGACAGGGAGGAGAUAGAUGUGGAGCAGGAGGUGUGUCGUCUGAGCCGGGGAAUGACACCCAGCGUGGGGAGAGGAAUCCCCUACCCUGGCACCGUCCCUGUUUCCGCCACGUCGGGCCACAACAUCCCCACCCCAGUAACCCCGGUGUCCGUGCUCAGCCUGGCACCAAGCAGAGAGUGGGAAAUAGAGCAAGACAUAGAGAGGGAGAGGGACCUCCAGAGACAACAGGAAAGAGAGAGGGAAAGAGAGCGAGAAAGGGAGAACUCUGCAAUGCAGCAUCGCCAACAACAGCAGCAACACCACCCGUACAUGCCACUCACCCCUGAAGAAGACAUGGAGGUGUCCCUCUUUAACAUGCUCCCAAUGGGGGCCAUCCUACCUGGGGCAAAACCAAUGGCACUUCCCCUACACCGCCACAUUGUCUCUAAGCCCCCACCUGGCUACCUCAACCACCUGUCUGUGGUGCGGGGUAUCGGGAUACCCACUGCCCACCUGUCUUUGAACCCCCAUUGCCCUCCAUCACCUGUCCUAAUAGGCCUUGACCCAACAACUGCAGCGGUCAUUAACUCCCCUCAGCUCCCUCCAAUCUCUUCUUCCACUGCAUCCUCCAGAGUAGAGAAGGCCUCAGGAGGAGGUGCUUCCGGUGGAGGAGGAGACGGUGGAUCCGGAUCGGGUUCAACAUCCUCCUCUUCCUCACGUUCUCGCACCCCUCUGACAGCUGCCCAGCAAAAGUACAAGAAGGGAGAUGUGGUGUGCACGCCAACGGGCAUCCGUAAGAAGUUCAACGGAAAGCAAUGGAGGAGGCUGUGCUCCAGGGAGGGCUGCUCCAAAGAGUCUCAGCGCCGGGGAUACUGCUCCAGACACCUCUCCAUGAGGACCAAGGAGAUGGAGGCCAGCGGAGGUGGCCGGGAACGGGGCGGAGCCAGCAGCACGGGGACCCUGACGCCGUCUGACCUCCGAAUGAGUGGUGGGAGAGCAAGCUCAGAGUUCGACUGGGACGAGACGUCACGCGAGAGCAGCGAGGCAAGCAGCCGCGGGGGAGACUCCCGCCCCCGCCUGGUCCUUCCCUCUCUGCUCCCCCAAGACCUCUCUCGAUUUGACUUUGACGAGUGUGAGGCAGCGACCAUGCUGGUCUCUCUGGGGGGCUCCCGCUCAGGUACACCCUCAUACUCCCCUAUCUCCAACCAGUCACCCUUCUCCCCUACCCCAUCACCCUCACCCUCUCCGCUCUUCGGCUUCCGCCCUGCUAAUUUCAGCCCCAUCACGGCUCCUGCCUUGCUUACUCCACGCCGCCACCGCCAGCUUAGCGGCACUAAGAUGGGCACACCAGGUGUCGAGCGAGAGCGCCACCUGUCGGGGAUCGUGCCCACGUUUCAGACCAAUCUCACUUUCACAGUACCCAUGAGCCCCAGCAAGAGGAAGCUCGAUAACCACCCGCCCCCCCCGCUGCCUGCAAUCCAGGACUAUCUGAUCAAACCUGAGCAUCAGCAGCUGUUAGGGGGAGUUAUGGUGGGAGACCCAACCCUGGGACACAGCCCUGCCGCCUUCAGAGUCCUCUCCCCCCAGAGUCAGCCCACGACCCCUUCCUCACUUUCCUUCCCCCGGCCUCGUAGCGCCACCAGCAGGCCACCGUCCUCCACUGCCUCUACCCCUCCACCCAUGCUUGUUUCUCCCACUCCUCCCUCACCGCUGCCCCAGGAACCAUCCCCACGCCGCAUCGUGCCCCUCCGUGAUUCCCCAGUCAUCGUUCGAAACCCUGAUGUCCCCCUGGCCAAGUUCUCGGAUGGACCGUUAGGGAGGAGGGAGAGGAGCAGGUCCAGAGAGCACAGUCAGCCCCAACACACAGCUACACCCGGCCUGCAGGUCCCCGUCCCCAUCAACGGGGCCACCACCAACGGGGCAGUUCUGCUGGGAAACCCCACAUCCACACUGGUCCUGGUCACCUCCAGCUCGUCUCUGACUCCAGCCUCAAUGGGCCACGCUGCCCUGUCCAGCCCCUCCCCCAUGCCCACCUCAUCGGGCUCCAUCCUGUCCUCCUCUAGCUCUGGAGGCCGGGAGCGGGAGAGGAAACCUGAGGGACACCAGGAUGCCUCUGAGUGGGGGCUGCCGCAGCCGGUAGCCUGCCACCCCACUCCAACUGCCCUGCUGCCACUCAUACUGCCAGCUGAUUCUCCUCACCCCGCUCCACGCAAGCAGAUCAUCAUGGGACGGCCCGGCACUGUUUGGACCAACGUGGAGCCUCGCUCGGUGCCAGUGUUCCCUUGGCAUUCACUCGUCCCUUUCCUGGAGCCCAGCCAAUCAGGAGAGGCGGCUCAGCCUGCUGAUGGCCAGCAGCUUGUCAAUCAGAGCAAAGAGCCUCGUUGCGGUGUGGCCCCGGUGAGUGUCGAGCGGUCCGGCCCUCCAGACAUAGAGAGGGGAUCCACGUCCUGCCUUCCCCCAACCAAUGACAAUCCUCCUACACUGAGGGGAGGGGCUGACAGCGAGACGGAGAGCGAUACCGACGACCCGUUUUCCCCGGGUGUGGCCAACGAGGCAACGCCCUCCUCUGGCCCCUUGAAGAGACGCACACAGUCCCUCAGCGCCCUGCCAAAGGAUUUAGACAGGAAGAGGGAGAAGGACCACAUCCGCCGACCCAUGAACGCAUUCAUGAUCUUCAGCAAACGCCACCGGGCCCUGGUGCACCAGCGGCAUCCCAACCAGGACAACCGCACCGUCAGCAAGAUCCUGGGGGAGUGGUGGUACGCUCUGGGGCCCAACGAGAAGCAGCAGUACCACGAUCUGGCCUUCCAGGUGAAAGAAGCCCACUUCAGAGCCCACCCAGACUGGAAGUGGUGCAACAAGGACCGCAGGAAGUCUCUGUCAGAGGGCCGCGGGACGCCAAAGGAGUCACGGGAGAGGAGCAUGUCGGAGAGCAUAGAUCCCCAUCCAGACGCUAAGGUGCUGCUGGAGGGGAAGGGGGGAGGCUCGGGCUGGCAAGGGGGAUCAGAGCGUCGAGGGGGAAUGUUCGGGGGGCAGCACUCCCGUCCCCGAGCCUUUUCCCAGAGUGCCGUGCACACCCUGGAGCAGAAGGAGAGAGAGAGAGAACUGGAGAAGGAGGGUGCGAGUUCUUUUCGGCACCGACCCAUCCCUCAGUCCAUGUACCACGGGGAGGACGUGCCCAGCGACGAUGAGCGUAUGGUCAUCUGUGAGGAAGAAGGAGACGAUGAUGUCAUGGAUGACUCCUGUCCUGAAGGCUCCAUUGAUCUCAAGUGUAAAGAGAGAGUGACAGACAGCGAUGAAGACGAACCAGAUGGACAGCAUAACUUCCAGCCAGUGGUUCGCUCCUCUCUUCCUUCUUCCUCUCCCCCCAUCCUAACCUCCGCCUCAGCAAAAGGGAAUGGAGAAGGAGGAGGAGGUGGUGAAGAGGGGUCUGAGAGGAACAGAAAGAGAGGUACAGACGGAGGAGAGGAGGGGAGCGAGGGAAGAGCCAAGAGAGAGGAAACGGCAGCAGGAGAAAGAGAUGUCUCCCCAACAUCCAGCCCCAAGGCUUUGGCCCAUCAGGGUGUGACCCAGGUCCUAGGCGCCGUCCGUGUGGCUCCCACUAUGGUUACCAACGUGGUACGACCCAUCGCCAGCACGCCCAUCGCCAGCAAGCAAGUGGAAGGAUCCGCCACCCUCAGCUCAGUGCCUCAGGACAAGAAAUCCACUCUCCUGAUUGGAGGAGGAGGAGGACCUCAGCUGCUGCCAAUCACCGCAGGGGGUGGGUACCUGUCCUCAUCCUCCUCCCCCGGUCCAGUCAGUGUCACUCCUAUGGAGGGUCUGGUCACUAGUCUAGUUCUGGGAGGGUCCUUUCCUGUCGCCCAACCAGUUCAGCUCCUCGCCACUGAGCAGCCGCACGCACAAACCCCCCUCCCCGCCCUGCAGCCCCAGCUCCACCCCUCUGCCGGCCCCAAGCCAAUAGCGCAGGUCCCCUACAUCCUGCCUACCGAGAACCCCUCCUCCCCUCAACUCACUCACCAACAAAUCCUCUCCCUGCCCACCAAUGCCUCCCUGGCCGAUGGCAUGCACUCAGGGGCGGGACUCAGAGUUGCAUCAGUCAGUCCCGGAACCAGAGUUCAAACUCAGUCGCCGGGUUUGCCGAGCAAGAUGUUGGUUCCCAUGGCAACAGUGAGAUCAGGAUCUACUCCUCCUCAUCCCUCCAUUUCCCUGGUCGCUCCGCCUCUUCCUGUGCAGAACGGCGCCGCCACAGGAAACAAGAUCAUCCAGAUCGCUCCCAUGCCUGUGGUGCAGACCAGCGUUCACCCUGGCGGCGCAGCAGCUUUGCACUCAGGGAGCCCUUUUCCUGUUUCUGUGGCGACGGUGAUGGCUCCCGGUGCAGCGCCCCCACAGACGGUGCUUCUGACCUCUCCACCCACCAGGAUCACAUAUGUCCAGUCUGGUCCAGGAGUAACCCCGGUAACACCCCAACAGGCCACUCCCCCUCUUGGCUCUGCGUAUCUCCAAUCAUCUCUGGCGACCCUGGGCUUCACCGCCAUUGCCCCGGUCGGGCAAACUCUGGUUCAGCCUCCACUGUUAGCUCAAGCCCCGUCCCUCAGCUGUCAAUCACAGACCCCUCCAGCUCAGGCCUCAGCAACUGCUGGUCGUCAGGUACUAACUGCCAUCUACCCUGCACCACCCGCUGCUCUGCCUACUGGGGUGGUCUCUGUAGCCCCCGCACCACCUGCAGUGGCCCCCGCGGCCCAGGACGUGAUGGACCCUUCCUCCCCGUUACAGACGGGGGUGCAGGGUUCAGCGGCGGCGACCCUUAAGCCUUACGAGGCGGUGAAGGUGAAGGUGGAGGUGAAGAAGGAGAACCUGCUGGAUGGUCUGCCUGAAGAUGGAGGACAGGAGUUAUCAAGCUCAGCUGCCAGCUCCUUAUUGACUAUUAAUGAAACAGCAGUUAAAAAAGAGGAGGACGUCGGUCUGUACAUCAAAGAAGAGUACCUCAGCAAAGAGGCUGGACCUCGCACCCCUCCUCCUCCACCCCCUGGUUUGGACCCCCCUCCCCCUCCCCCUGCGGAAAGAGAGCCCCCCUCUUCCUCAAAGAAGACCAAGUUCAGACCCCCGCCGCUCAAAAAGACACCUGACUCUCACGAAAAGGUCUUGUCGGAGACGUACUUCGAGGAGCGUUUUGCUGAGCUCCCAGAGUUUAACCCAGAGGAAGUCCUGCCUUCGCCCACUCUGCAGAGCCUGGCCACCUCGCCGAGAGCCAUCCUGGGGAGCUACCGCAGGAAGAGACGCAACUCCACCGAGCUGGAGGUGACAGCAGAAGAGCCCAGCUCCCCUAGGAGGAAGACCCGCCGUCUCUCCAGCUGCAGCUCGGAGCCCAACACCCCCAAGAGUGCCGCCAAGUGUGAGGGAGAGUUCUUCACUUUCGACAGAGCAGGUACAGAAGGAGAGGAUCUGCUUGGAGAUCUGGACCGGGUCCCCUACUCGUCUCUGCGCAGAACUCUGGAUCAGCGCCGGGCCCUGGUCAUGCAGCUGUUUCAGGAACAUGGCUUCUUUCCCUCAGCUCAGGCCACAGCUGCCUUCCAGGCACGUUACUCGGACACCUUCCCCUCCAAGGUGUGUCUGCAGCUAAAGAUCCGCGAGGUCCGUCAGAAGAUCAUGCAGACGGCCACGCCCGGGACCCUGGAGCCCGGAGUGUUAGCGGGGUUGGCUGAAGUGAGCCCCACCCCGCCCCAUAGCUCCUAUUUCAAUCAAUCAGCGCGGGAGGAGGGAGGGGCGGAGCAGCACAGAGACAAAGGCCGGAAUCCAGAGGGGCCGAAAAGCGAAGGAUCGUAAAGCGGUAGAGGAUGACAAAGUGGGAAAAUCCAGGAAAAGAAGAAGAGAGAGGAGUGUGUCAUCCCCGCAGAAUGUUCUUGUAUGUGUUGAGUACUGUUAAUGGCUCCAGCGGGAUCCGUUCUUUUGGCACUUAUCUCCACCAGACCUGGGAACGAAUACAUUUUACUAUGGUCACAAAUAUUCAAACUACUCAAGGUGCGCUUGAUUCGUCUUAUUAGACUUUUUUAUAAUUUUUAAAAAGCUUCAAAAGGGGACAAAUCAUUUGCAAGUCCUGACGAGUCAAAUGCUUCUUGUAGUUUCCUUUUUUCCCCCUAAGUAUCCAGAAUAUAUUCAGUUGGCACAGGUCUGCUCUCAGCACAUUUGUACAGUAGUUUUUAGUAUGAAACUCACACAAACACUGGCGCAUAUGUAAUCUCCAGCAUGCACAUGAUCCCACAUACACACACAUGCACACACACCCUUACCAAAUCAGACUGUUACUCUUGGUCGGCAGUCCCCGGGAGCAGCCACCAAGGACCAUGACACACAAAGGCACUUUGUCACUUAUCGUGCAGAUGCAGUUUGCUGUUGCCAGCCAGACAGCCAGCCAGCCCUCAGAUGCCAUUGACUCGACCUCCUUCUCGCCCUUCCACUCCUCAGCACAGUGGUUGGGACGCAAACACAACCCCAACGACCUCCACUGAUAUUCCACAGCCCCUUGAUGCAGCAAGACAGACAGCACACACACAUAUACAGUACAAAUACACACACACACACGCAGUGCAUGGACACAUAUGUGCAGUGUGAGUACUCGUACAAGAAAUCGUCAACCCUGGUCUGACCAAGCCAUCGGCCUGCACAGUUUUUUGUGAUUGUAGUGAGAAGAGAAACUGACAGCAUGACAUCUUUUUGCUCCUGGAAAACAAAGAGAAGGCGGGAGUUGCGAUGUAGUGUGACCAAUCUUUGCACCUUCAGUUAUUGCCAUUAUGAAAGACACAGUCCUCGUUGGCAGGAGCUGAUUAUAUAUAUAUAUAUAUAUAUAUAUAUCUGUAUGUCUGUUGGGGUUCCCUUCCCCAACAGCCUGUGCGAACAGGCACCGUAAAGAGAUUAUGUAAAGACUAUUGGUUGUGAGGCUUUGAAGAAUCCACGUUAAGUUGGACCGGCUCCCGACAGAGCGCAGAGAAAAAGACAGAAGAUGAAGAAGAACCUGGAUGAUGCUCAUUGGACAGAAGAUUCAUAUUCCACCUAUAGGAAGACAGAUAUUAAUAGUGAAUAAGGACAUGACAAGCUUUCCAACAGAGAGAAAAAAGUAGAAAUUUAACCAAACUUCUCUGAAUCUCCCAGUGGAUAUAAUGUUGCUUUCUCUUGUAAUCGUUGCCGUGGAAAUAACCAGUUUUACCGUGGCCUGUUUUUCUCUUGUGGCUCUAUUGUGUUUCUUCUCCGGCAUAAAAAAAUCACAAAAAAAAAACUCUGGACAAAGACGGGGGACAUAAUCAGUCUGCGCCCCCACAAUUUUAAUUGUACCUGGGGCGGUUCUCACCCCCCCCCCUCCUUUCCCAAUAUCUCUUCUCUUCGAUUUCUCACCAGACAAAGAAGUGGGGGAGCAGGGGGCGUUUGUCGUUUUGUAAAAACGUUGAAAUCAGGUGUUUGCACAAUUCGUGUGGCCCUUCUAGCCGCAAGUUAAAUCAGGAAAGUAUUGUUUUUAGAGAUUGUUAUAGUAGUUAAAAUAAUAACCUUGUUCCGUAUGUUAUCAACCACCUUAUUCCUCCUUACUCUUUUUCCCCUCCUCUCCUCCCCAUUUUACCUCCCUUGACCCCUCAAGUGUUGUUAGAAAGUGCCCUUAAGCACUGGUCCCGGGUCAAGCGCUAUGUAGCUCAGGAUGGUUCUGGUUAGGGUUAGUUCAGGGAAAGCAGAUCCUAGACCAGCCCUGGAGGGCAGUCUCUGGAGCCCUCCCCUCUUCCCUCUCUUCUCAACACUUUAUCCUUUCCCGUCAAAUGGUGCAAUAGGACAUUUAUUUUUUUGGAAAUGGGUGGGUUAUUUUGUUUGGGGAAAGGCUCUGUGCCAUAGAUAUUAAAACCAGUGCAGUCAGUCAGUGAGAGGAAUGAGCUGUUGUGAUACUGUCUUUAACUAUGGUAUAAAACAAAAAAAGAAUCACGCAAUUGUUGUUAUUGUCAAAGAGAUAGAGUAUAACUUACUAAAAGUCAAAGACAAUUUUUGAAUAGCACUUUUUGGCUCUUUGCUUCCUCGGUGAAGAGUGGGGGUAGUUAUUAUCAUGGGUAUCUCUUUUAUUUCUCUGUAUACAGUUGGAUGUGUGAAAAAAUAUAUAUACCGGUAUUUCCAUAUAUGUGCAUUUAGGUCUGUGUUUGGGUGUGUGUGUGUGUGUGUAUGUGUGUUUUGGCACAUGCGGGUAGUGUGUUAACACAACCGACCUCUUGUUCUUUCUCCACACUGCAAGAUCAUCAAAAGUAUAUUUUUCAUUGUAUUCUUCAUUAUAUAUUCUACAAUAGAGACAGUAUUUUUAUAGUCACCAUGACUAUUUUGUCCGCCAUCUUGACUGUUAUCAAACCCAGUUGAUUCAGGAUAUAUAUAAAAUAUAUAUUCAGGAUACUAUAAAUACAUAUAUAAAUACACACAGGUAAUAGAGGACUAUCAAUUUGGGGGUUAGGGCUUUAAAGUGUCCAUCUGCAUGCAUGUGAAAUCCCAUGCACACAUGCACACACCCACCAAGACAUAUGUGCAUACACACACUUGUAUGUGUGUACACUGUAUGAUUGUGCUUAAAAAUAAACUGUCCUUACUUUGGAGAAGGAAUUUUAGGAUGAGUGAUGUGAGUGUUCUCUCAUAAGCAGGCAUGUUGACCAUGUGCAAUAUUUCUAAACAACAACAAAAAAACUAAAUAUUGAAAAUAUUAAAGUUCUAACACAAUG